CAGGAAUGAAAUGCCUCCCUCGCAAUCAUGUCCGCUUAGCGAAAGGCAAUACUCUCCAUGACUCUCAUGCAGAAGUGCUAGUUCUCCGUGCGUUCAAUCGCCUUCUUCUCGAAGAAUGUCGUCGAUUGCUUGAAGCACCAAUGGAGAGCCAAAACACGAUUGUUCAAUGGAGGCGGGCCCCAAAUACCCCAGGAUCCAGUACGGACGGACCCCCGUUUACAAUCCGUCAUGGUACCAGGAUCAUUAUGUAUUCCAGCGAAGCGCCUUGCGGCGACGCAAGCAUGGAGUUGAUCAUCGAGAAGCAGGGGGAUCCCACUCCAUGGAUGCAGACAGCGGCGGAAACGUCGGAGUCGUCAGCCCAAGAUCCGGCACUUUUCGGACGCGGGUAUUUUUCACAACUCGGAGUAGUGCGUCGUAAGCCUGCCAGGCCUGAUGCCCCUGAGACGUUCAGCAAGUCCUGCUCGGACAAAUUGGCUAUGAAGCAAUGCAGCUCUGUCCUCAGCUCCAUAACAUCGCCGUUCAUCUACCCUGGGUCUGCCUAUAUCCACACACUGGUAAUUCCAGAAUCGCAAUAUAGGCCCGAAGCUUGCUCCAGGGCCUUCGGUCCGGACGGAAGACUAAGGCCCAUUGUCGGCGAUGGUGUGUUCCUAGAGGACGGUUACAGCUUCAGCCCGUACUCCGUCCAAACAACAAGCCACGAGUUCGAGUGGUCCCGGCGAUCCAUCCCCACUGACUAUCGACCCAGUGCGUGCAAUACGGCACUAAUCGCCACUGCGACCUCUCAUGAAGUCAUCGUUGGAGGCACUCUCCAGGGCCGCAAGCAAUUUAACCCGCGCGGCGCAAGCAAGGUUUCAAGACGGAGCAUGUGGACCUUGGCGGCGACUGUGGCACGCCUGCUUCACAACCCUAUGAUCGACGAAGCUAUGGCGGGUCCAACCUAUGCCAAUUUGAAGUCUUCGGAGCUGCUGCUUGGGCGGCGGGAACUCUUGGACGUUGUCAAAUCAAAGGCCCUUUCGGGUUGGAUUCCGAAUGAUGGAGAUGAGGAUUUUUCUUUACAGGAAAAGUAG